AUGCGUCUAGCUACACUAGAUAUUUUUGCUGGAUGUGGUGGCCUCUCUUAUGGACUAGAAAAGGCGGUUGCGCAAGCUUUUAAACAAAACCAUCCUGACGCGACGGUUUUUGUUGACAACUGCAAUGUGAUUCUUAGGGCUAUAAUGGAGAAAUGUGGAGAUGUGGAUGAUUGUAUCUCUACUGUGGAGGCAGCUGAACUUGCAGCUAAACUUGAUGAUAACCAGAAGAGUACUCUGCCACUGCCUGGUCAAGUGGAUUUCAUCAACGGAGGGCCUCCAUGCCAAGGGUUUUCUGGUAUGAACAGGUUCAGUGACCGCUCUUGGAGUAAAGUCCAAUGUGAAAUGAUAUUAGCAUUCUUGUCUUUUGCUGAUUAUUUCCGGCCAAAGUAUUUUCUUCUCGAGAACGUGAAGAAAAUUGUAUCUUUCAAUAACGGGCAAACAUUUCAACUUACUAUCGCUUCUCUUCUUGAAAUGGGAUACCAAAAAUCAUAA